CACAACAGCGAAAUUGUACCCGUGCAGACGCGCAAUUGUCCGAUACGGUCAGCGGAUUACCUUCUUUACUGUCUUCUUCUUGCUGAUUGCCAGCUGGCUACGACGUUGCCAUCUUUGUCGCUCGUCUACGUUACGCGUCGCUCGCCUAUUAAUCAUUACAUUUUUGGCUGUCACUGCAAUCGGUGGUGUGGUUUCCCUGUAGCUUGGUUCAGCUUGGUCAAGAGCGCGCGCAACUGACCAAAUGCCCAAAACAAGAAAUGAAACACUACAAACACGCGCAAAAACACAUACACUUGCAUAAGAAUAUGUGCCCGCACACAUUCUAAUAUACAUAUAUUAAAAACACACACAGAAACACUCGCGAAUAUGUACACGUGCUCAUAACCAUGUUGUAUCCGUUAAUAGUAAAUUUGAACGCACCUACACUGUCGCACAAUAAGGCGGUAGUUUCGGCGACGACCGUGAUGGUGGCGGUAAAUUUGUGCAAAUUCAAAUACUUUCGCCGCUAAAAUUAAACUUCGUCGCUCACUAGGUCCAGUUCAGCGACACUCGCGUUCGUAGUCGCGCUCGCGCUCAUAGUUGUUGAGCCGUAUUUACACUCGCGACAAUUUGUCGCCUUGCCGGUACGCUUUUCAUAUUCGAAGGUUCGCAAAGCACCGUUGAACGGAAACACAAUCACAUCCUUUGGACACGCGGACGAGACAACAGCGCCACGGUGAAGGCAUAAAAGGUGACAAAUAUACGACCAACAUAAAUAAAUGUGCUGCUCCACGUUGUGGACAUUACUCCUUCAUUCUUCCUUAAGAAUACGCGAAGUGACAAACAAUAAGAAAAGUGUAAAAUUACUAAAACUUAAUUUCAGUGAAUUUGUGAUUAUUAGUAAUUUAAAAAGAGCAAGUACGUAUGCAUCACUAUAUAUGUACCAUGUAACGUUAUACAUAUGUAUGUAUUAAAGUGAAAUUUUACAAUUAUCCAAUUGUCCAACUUUGAUUGGGUACCUAUACAAAUAUAUUCGCAAUUUUAUUAUAAGUGGAGUUAGUGGCGAUAUACCUUAUUUAUUAAAUUGUUUGCAAAGAAAACUGUUGCACUAAAGUCACCAAUGACUACACUGCUUAUGGUAUUUGUGUUAUGAUACUUACAUGCAGUCAAUAUAAUUGUUGUACGCUGUUGUGUGUAUAUUACGUUUUGUACUGAUGUGUUUGUAAUUUGACAGAAAUUAAAGGUGACCAAGUGAAAUAUAUUAAUAAGGAAUUGCUUUCAAGCAACAACUCUUUCAUUCUUCGAACUGUUUCAAAUUAACGAACUCAAACUGUUCGACACCGGUCUAAAGUUGGAUAUCUCCAGCUAUUCCCAUAUGAAUAUUCGGAUGAGUACAAAGGGCAAACGCCCAUUGCGUAGUUUAACUCCGAGUGAUAAAAUCAAUGCUAUUCAACGAAUUCAUGAUGGAGAGUCAAAGGCAUCGGUGGCACGUGAUAUCGGCGUCCCAGAAUCCACAUUACGUGGGUGGUGCAAAAACGAGGAUAAGCUGCGUUUUAUGUCACGGCAAACUGAUAAAAUAACAGCCGAUUCAUUGGCUGAAAAGCUGGGAACAUCGGCUGGAAUUUUAGUAGGUCCUCCUGAAAAACGUCAAAAAUUGGACGGUAGUUCCUUGCCAUUCAAUUAUUCUAAUAAAAUCAAAUAUGAUGAUAUGAUGUACAAACGAUCUUCGUUAAAUGGUCUGGAAUAUGCGUCAAAUAAAACGCUUUCAGAGGUUAGUUUCAAUGGUUUGUCCACGGACUUUAUUGCUUUCAGCGGUGCUGUAAAGAACAAAAGCUUUGGCGCCGACGUAUCACGUCAAUCAGAUCCCGCAAUUGCUGCUAUAAGCCCCCUAACAAGUCUAUCCCAGCUUUCGGGGCUAUCUGGACUGACUCAAUCACCCCUAGCAAUUAGUUUCAAUGAACUUACAUCAAAUCUAAAUAUAUUAGCACAACUAAACCCUGGAUUGGCAGCAAUGUCCAGUCUGAAUGGUUUAGGCGCUACAGCAAGCACAUUACGUAAUGUGAAAACAAAACCUCAACCACAAUUGGAAAGCCCCCGAAGUGAAUGUGGAGAUCGGCAACAGGGGUUGACUGUUAAAAAUUGGGCGAAACAAAAGUCACCAACAUCGCCUUCUGGUGAAUCUUGCUAUGGACUGAACCUCCGCCUAAAUGAAGAUAACAAUAAACGCAAAAUUAAAUGUCCUAGCCCAUCACUCGCACCAUCGCUUUCUAUUUUAUCAGAUGACCCGUUACUUUAUUGGUUGAAGUCUCAGCAAGCUAUGCUGGGACUUAGUAAUCUCUAUCCAUCACCAAUAGCCCCGCCAAUGGGUUCAUCGAGUCCACCGUUACGAUCUUCAACACCACAGCAAUCAGCGAAACUUCAUAUCAAUACACCAUUAAAUAUUUCUGGAUCCAUUACCCCGUCGUCGACGCCCUGCACUAAUUUGGAUGAUAAAAACACCGCAUGGCUUAACUGGUGUAAAGCUUUGGGCGCUAGUCUUAACUCAUUAGCACCAGCUACUGCUGCUGUUCUUCAUGGUCCACCUAUAACACAACCACAUCAAUCGUCUUCCAAUGUGACAAUUCCCACAGAUAUUGAAACUACCACAUCGACAUCUAAUGUAUCAACUCAAAAUUCACAUUUGGAAAGAAUUCUUUUUACUCAACUAACAAAAAAUAUUGAUAGCUGUUCAAUGGAACAUUCAGCAAUUCUUAACAAUGCCCAUAUAGAAAAUAUAGAUUCUUUAAACAAACCUGAAGACCUAUCAUCUCGCACGAUAAAAAAUAAUUCAACAGCUACAUCGCCAUCACCAACACCACAAGCUCGGAGUACAUCACCAAGCCCUAAUACAGAAGAAAGUCUAGUUCCCACUCCAGCACAUAGUCCAAACGAGCAAUUAUCAACAGAAGUUCCCAACUCUCCCCUUUACAAUGAAGAAGCGGAAGACUGCGGUACUAAUAUGUCAGAUUGCAAAGACGUUUUGGACAAUUUAUUAUACAAAAUCAAUAAUAAUCCAUCCGUGAUAUCAUUAAGCAAAACCACUACGCCGACAAGUGUCGAAGGAGCAGACGAUGAUGGAUGUAUCAGUGAUUCUAAUGCCAGCUAUGGAAGCGAUAAUAAUCAAAAUUGCAGCGAUGAUAACGUCAAUAACAAUAACCACUCUAAUAAAACAGAUGAGGAAGAACGCUUAAAAUUAGCAUCAUUUAAAAAAGAAGAUGAAGACUAUGAAGCCAUAAAUCAUGGUGAACAAUUUCUUAAAUGGUUAGAAAACUGUAGCAAUCCUCGAAUAACAGCAUCACAUUUAAUGCAAUUGAGAUUUCUUAUAUCUGCACUAAAAUCCAACUCCGAUUCUAAUGAGGGAAAUUGCCUGCAAAAUUUAAAAAGGGGUAGUACUGAAAGUACCUCCGAAAAAGUUAUGGAUACAUUGGAAGACAACAAUCCUAUAAAUAAAGGACGUCGUCGCAAAUAGGAACAACCUAAAUCGACUACAAUAGAAGCAAAAUAUGGUAAUCCGAAAGAAAAUAACUCACGUUAUGGAAAUCUUCGGACUUCUUCAAUUGAUACAGUGACCUUGAAUAGGCAUUCAAUUUUAUCGAUAUAUAGUGUUAAUACAGAAAUCACUGGAUAAAAUCAUUAAAAAAUAUAGUUUAAUUUGUAACAUCGAUAGAAAAUCUUUUUAUUGAAUAUCUAUCAACUAGACCGCUUGAAGCAGGCGAUCGACCAGAAUUGGCCAACAGGAAGGGUGUAGUGUUCCACCGGGACAUCAAAUCAUUGGAUAAAAACAUUAAAAAAUAUAGUUUAAUUUGUAACAUCCAUAGAAAAUCUUCCGAUUGAGUUACCUAUCUGCUACUACCAAAAUAUUUGCGUUUCUUUAUGAAUAUAUUGUAAACUAAUUACUUACAUGCACAACGAUAUUUUUUUACUGGCUAUAUGGGAAUUACAUUUAAUUUGUUCCUUAGCCAAAAUAACAAUACUGAACAUUUAAAAGAAGAUAUAAUACGUAAAGUUUGAGAGUAGUAUAUAUGAAGUUUGAAAAUAAUUGAAGUCGAGUUAUUUACUUCUUCUACAUAUUACUUUUAAUACCAGAAAGUAGUACAACUUAUAUUGGUUCUAAACCAUUUGAAGCUUUAUAUACAUAUGUAUGCAUUUAAAUGUACAUAUGUAUAAGUAUAAAACUUUGAAGUAGCAAUCCUAUAUGUGGCAAUAUGUUAAAAUAACAUAAGUUGACUAAAAUGAAUGAGAACAUUUAGAUUAUUUCGCCAAUGCUAAGUUAAAGCAAUCUGUUAGUAUCGGAAGCUUCGAAUUAAAAAAAAUAUGUGCCAAAUAUUGUCUCGAAAUCAAAAUGUCAAGCAUUCCUUUAUUUCACCAAUGCUACUUUAACAAAUUUCCACGUAUUCCUACCAUUUAUAAAAAAGAGCUUAUUUACACAUACAACGAGGUUUGUUAAAAAAAAGGUGAAUUUUCAAAUUUCGCAGCUUGUACCACUUGUGAACAUAUCUUUGACUCAAUGUACACUCACCGUAUGUCACUGUCAACAUUUCAAAUUCUUUUUCCACAAAAUGUAAUGCAAAUUCUUUGAUACGUUUUUUCGACAGCAGGAAAUCAUCGAACACGAAAAACACAUCGUACUUUUAUGCUUCUCGCAAACAAAAUAAAUAUGCUAUAUUCAUAGUAGCUAAAACUGAGAACAUUAGUUCGGGACAAGUGUACCAACAUAACAAAAUAAAGAAAUCGAUAAUCGAAUGUACGUAGCCCGCGAAAUUGAAAAUUCACCUUAUUUUUUGACGGACCUCGUAUGUACGUACAGGCAUGAAUGUGCAAAUGUAAAUUUAAAUGAUUUUUCUAAAUGGAAAACCUUUAUUCGGUAUCGGUGUGCAUUUGUAAUAUUUAUAUUUAAUAUAAUCAUUCAUAACAUAUAAGUUACAAUGGAAUAUUAUAGUUCUUCUGCUUUUAAUUUUAAAUAGAAUUAAAACUAAUAAAUGUAAGUUAUAUGUAUUAUAGUUCUAAAUGAUCUUAAACUUUAUAAAAAUUUUGUAAGAAAUCGCUGAUUACGUAAGAAGAUUUCUCAAAUUUUUUUAUAUAAGCAAAUAUGUAUAAUAUAUUAUUACUACAUACCUUGUACAUACACAUAUAUUUACAUCCGAAAACAUUAAAUUCUUUUUUAUUGAAACGCAUUAUUAAUUUAGUCAU